ACUGUGGUAAAAUAGCUUCUUAACUUGUUAAUUGAUAUUUAAUGCAAUUAAUAAAAUGUUAAAAAAGUCGUUACUUAUACUUAAUCUGCUCUUCUACCUAAAUGACUUUGGCGCAUGUGUAACCACAUUAACCGAUCCAAGGGAAUUGUGUAGUCUUUUCAAGAGUGGCACGCGCAUUCGAAAUCCCGGCUCAUGCACAGAAUAUAUAGAUUGUUCCAACUCUACGGGUGUUAUGUACUCAUGCCCAUCUCUGCAAAAAUUUGAUCGCAGCGCACAAAGUUGUGUUUUAGAAGCCAAACUUUCUGAUGUUGACGACUAUUGCCGCAAUCGGUGCUUAAAUAUUAAUGGUAAAUGGAUAACCGACCCAUCUACUUGUAAGGGAUAUUUCUACUGUGACAAUGGUCAACCACUGCAGGGCUAUUGUGAUAAUGGUUAUUACUUCAAUGAAGCCAAAUCAAUGUGCGAUUUUGAAAAUGUGAACUAUUGUAAUAUUAUACCAGAAAUUUGUGACUUAGUACCGGACGGCACGAAUUACCGUAAUUCAACAGAUUGCAGUACUUACUACCAAUGUAAAAAUGGCAAGAGUGUAAGCCAAAAAUGCACAAAAUACUUCGAUGUCGAAACUAGUGCCUGUGGAACAAAGUUACCGGAAUAUCCUUGCGUGCCAACAUUUGAUUGUAAAAAUCGCAAAGGUUUCUAUUCCGAUGGUGUGUCAUGUCGUGGCUAUUUUUACUGUCGUGAUUAUGGAAAGGAAAAUGACUUGAGCCCCAUCUUUAUGCAAUGUCCAGCUGGCAAAUUAUUCGACCAAACAAGCUCAUCAUGUACUGAUCCUACCGAAUCGGAUUGCAGUUAUAAUCGAUGCCAAGGUCGGGGUGACAUGGAUGUUCAAACUAUUGACGACAAUUGCAGAAGCUAUACGGUUUGCAAAAAUGGUGAGGAAAUUGAAAAGAAGCGGUGCAGUGGCGAUAAGUUCUUUGAUGAAAAGUCGCAGGCCUGUGUGUAUACUUUAAUUACCUACAAAUGUUGCGAUGGAAAAUAGCAUUGCCCGCCUUGUAAUAAAUCCCUGUAAUCUGCGCAAACAUUCAUUUAAAUUGUAGUAUUUGUAGAGGUAAUAAAGGAAAUAUCAAUGGUAUUUCAUAUAUAAUACAA